AUGCCAAGAUUAGAAUUUCCCACAGGUCGGAUGAAGUGGAGAUUUGAUAAAUCAUCUCCUUUCUAUGCCUCGGAUCGAAAGAUCUUGCAGUCACAAGCAACCGAUCAAUUUACUGAAUUAUUUGAACGUUUUAAUUAUAUCAUUAUCUUGAAAAUAGCAGGAGUUGAGAAAAACGAAUUGCAAGAAAUAAGAAGAUCCUUGUCCAAUCAAGAUUCCGAAUUGUAUUCUGAGCUAUAUAUUGGAAAACACUCUCUCACUCGAGUAGCCAUUGAUGGACUGAUUCGAAAGUUAACGAAAAAUCACAAUGAUGAUGAUAACGAACAUCAAAGGCUUGCAACCAUUCUUUCACAAUUUAAAGAAUUAUUGGUUGGAGAGAUUGGAUUAUUGUUUACAAAUUGUGAAAAUUAUUUUGAUUUGAAAAAGGAGAUUGGAAAACAUGUGACCAUCAAACAAGCCAAAGCAGGAUCGAUCGUAAAGGAAGAUGUCUAUUUUGAAGGAAGUACAGGAUUGGCACCACAUUUGACCUAUGUAUUUCUCAAUUGUAAUGUCCGUACACGAAUUCGAAUGGGAAGAAUUGAAUUGUUGGAAAAGCAAAGAAUUCUCAAAGCUGGGGAUGUGUGUUCUCCUGAAGUGGUAAGAAUGUUAAAUCUGUUGCAACUAAAAGUCAUUCGUGAAUGUGUAGAGUCAUUGUAUUUAUUCAGCAAGAGAGAUGCAUGCAUUGUAACAGAUGAAAUGUUAGGACGUGAUUGGUUUGAGAAUUGUGUGGAGGCUGCCAACCAAAUGACAGCUCUUUCAAUGGAAUGUUCACUUUUGAAUGAGCUCACUGUUAUUGCUGAUAUUAAGAAGGGAAUAUUAGAUUUAGUGGUAUUGGACACUGAAACAGAAUGUGAAAUGCGUUAUAGGAUUCGAAAAGAACCACUACCACCAUCAUGUAUGGACAAUCAUGAUGAUCCAAUAGAGACGACGGACUCAAGCGACCAUGAUACUGACAUUGACUAUUUUGAUUUGUUUUCUUAA